GCGGCCUGCGCCGUCGCGCGCGCGUUCCCGCUCUUCUCGAUGAAGCGGUCCGGCGGCGGCGGCGCCGCGCGCGUGAGCUUCGUCGUCGCCGGCGCGCCCGCGCUGCCCGAGGCCGCCUACCUGCCCUGCCGCGCGGCGGCGGCGUCCGUGCGCCUCGCCGCGCGCCUCGUGGACACGCCGCCGGAGCAGCUGACGACGACGGCGUUCGUCGGCGAGGCCCGGGCCGUCGCCGCGCGGCUCCAGGCGCUGGGCCGCGACGUCACCGUGGACGUCAUCGCCGGCGAGGCGCUCCGCGACCAGGGCUACGGCGGCCUCUGGGGCGUCGGCAAGGCCGCCGCGGAGCCGCCGGCGCUCUGCGUGUUGAGCUACGUCCCGGCCGCCGCGGCCAAGUCCGUGUGCCUCGUGGGCAAGGGCAUCGUCUACGACACGGGCGGCCUCGCGAUCAAGUCCGUCGCGGGCAUGUGCGGCAUGAAGAUGGACAUGGGCGGCGCCGCCGCGCUCAUGGGCGCCUUCGAGGCCGCCGUGGCCAUCGGCACAAAAGAUUCGUUGCAUUGCGCUUUAUGCCUCGCGGAGAACGCCGUCGGCCCGGGCGCGUUCCGCAACGACGACGUCCUCACGUUCUUCUCCGGCGUCACCUGCGAGGUGAACAACACGGACGCCGAGGGGCGCCUCGUGCUCUCCGACGGCGUCGCGCACGCGACGACGCCGGGCACUUUGCCCGGCGGCCGCGUCCCGGACUUGGUCGUCGACAUGGCGACGCUGACGGGCGCGCAGAUGGUCGCCACGGGCAAGCACCACGCGGGCAUCUUCACGAACGACGAGGCCACGGAGCUCGCGGCCGUCGCCGCGGGCAAGCGCACCGGCGACCUCGUGCACCCGCUGCCCUACGCGCCCGAGUUCCACCGGGCCCAAUUCCAGAGCAAGGUCGCGGACUUCAAGAACUCCGUGGCCGCGCGCAACGACGCGCAGGCGUCCUGCGCGGGCAACUUCAUCGGCGAGAGCCUCCACAAGGACUACGCGGGCGCCUGGCUCCACGUGGACAUCGCGGGGCCCGCGUUCAAGGACGACCGCGCGACGGGCUUCGGCGUCGCGCUCGUCCUCGGCCUCCUC